CAAACAAGCAAUGCAAUGCCUGCUUGCAGCUGGAUGGAUUGCUCACUGUGAUUAAUUAGCUUCUACCCUAUCAUUUUCCGGGCCUUUAAAUACCUGGCCUCCGGCCGCCACCCUCCUCCAACCAGACAUAGCACAAGGCGCGGCGCGGCGCAGCUACCCGGCCGCCUCAAGUGUUCACCUCCUCCUCGCGUGACCUUCUCCAACUCCACAGGCGCAGCUAAGGGAAGAGCUAGCAGCGAAGCGAAAGCAAAUGGCGGGGAAGCAGCAGCAGCAGCAGCAGCAGGGCGUGGCGGUCGCGGAGCCGGGCGCGGCGCGGCGGCUGUGGCGCGUGGUGCGCGCGGUGCUCUACGUGCUGCGCCGGGGCCUGCCGUCCGGGCGCAAGCUCGCCAUGGACCUCCACCUCCUCCUCCACCGAGGCAAGAUCGCCGGGAAGGCACUCGGCGACCUCCUCGCCUUCCACCACCACCAUGGCAGCCACGGUCGUCGUGGCGCCGCCUUCUCCGCCGCGGGGGACGGCGGGUCCUCGUCCUUCUCGUGCCGCGCGCUCGACCCGAGCCUCGCGGUCCACGAGCCCUCGCGCCGCAGCCGCGAGGUCGAGUUCAGCUGCAGCAACACCCCCUCCUCAGACGCUGGCGGUGGCCUCCACCUCCUCGGCGCCGGCAAGCGCCGCGGCCGCAACCGCCACCACCGCGACGAGACCAACGGCUACCUGCACUACUACAACUACGACGCGGCCGACGUGGCCAGGGUGUUCGAAAUGCUCAACGACGACGGCUACCGCCUCUUCAACGACGACGAGCCCCCGGCGACGACGGCCACCUACUACACGACGCCGUCCCCCGCGCAGCUGCUGUGGGCGUUCGCGCGCAGCCCCGCCGUUACCAGCAGGCAGCUGCGCAUCACCGACUCGCCGUUCCAGGCGGCCGCGGCGGCCAGGGACGCCGACGGCGCGCAGGUGGACCGGCAGGCCGACGAAUUCAUCCGGCGAUUCUACGAGCAGCUGCGCGCGCAGAAGAGCGCCGCCUCCACACCGGACUACUACGGCCACGCCACCCCCAGCUCGUACGCCAGCGGGCGCGCGCCGCGGCCCGUCGCGGCUGGCAUCGCUUAGAGCUUGACGCCUUGAAUUAAUUAGCGCUCGCCGCGCACGGCCGUGGGCUGGCCGGCCGAUGAGAAAGGUCCUUUCUUUAGCCAUGCGUGAGCUUCGUACGUGUUCCCGCCCCCAGCUUGUACACCACUACUUGUUCUUCACUUGUUGCACGUAAUGAUCUUGCCUUUUAUUUUCAAUUUGAGACAGAUUUUUCUGUGCUUGCUCCCA